AACUUGUGAUUUGUCAUUUGUGAAUUGUGAUUUGUUGUUCUCCAUCUCUCUCUCAAACAAUUAUUACCCACUGAUCCGUUGAUUUCCCAAAGCUAGAUGGAUAACACGAUCAACGAACCAUCUCCCCCUACGUUUGCCCCGAGCAAUUUGUUGGCGCUUACAGUUGACUCUCUUGGCUCCAGACACGGUACGAUGAAGCAGGAUGAGGAUGCUGCUGCUGCCAUAUCUGGAGAGUCCAAGUCCAUGUCCCUGUCGACAGAAUGGACAGAUGAAAAACAUAGCUUGUACUUGGAUUCUAUGGAAGCUUCGUUUGUUCAGCAAUUGUAUACUAAUAAUUUUAUUGGCUUGAGUACUCUUGAGAAGAAGGAGCAGUCCAAAGCCUCCUCUUCUUCUUCUUCUUAUAAGCCAUUUGGCCGGCAGUUCAAGGUUCUCCGAGAUGGUCAAUGGGGCAGAAUAGAUUUUGAGAGAAAUAACAAUGGGAAAAGGCAGACAGAAGUAGAAGAAGAUGGUGCUGCUCUUCUGUUAAUGAAUCCAUGGAUACGUCAUUUUAGGUCUGGAAGGAGUCAAACCGCGGCUGAUAAUUCAAGAAAGGAGGGUAUAUUAGCAGAGGGCUCUUCUUCCUCCUCCUCGUGUAUAGCAGCAGAGAGCAGGACAGAGAUGACAGACCAGAAUUUCGGGGAUGAAGACGACGGAAACAUUCAAGCAGAAGAAGUGCAUGAGGAGGAGAUGGUUAAGGCAAAAAGGAUUAGAACAUGGGCCAUUGCUUCUCGGAGGAAGAAGGAUAAAGUAAAACUAAAAAAUAAAAUGCUCUAAAGAGUACCAGCAGCAUCAUGCUUCUAGACAAUCAGACAGACAGCCUUCCCUUGCCUUCUUCAUUCAUCGAUCAGAUCAAAACUGUGUAGUGUUCAUUGUUGGAUCACAAUGGGAGAUUAAGGGUAGCCACCUAGGUACCAACUCUUUCUUCUGAGUCUGACAUGGCCGCCACACCCCAAGUCAGAGUAAGAAAAACUGAUAUGAACGAGGAAGAAUAGCUAACUUCUUGCUAACAAAUUGUUAAUAAGUAUUUAAUGUUGUUAUAAACAAACAUCUUUUCUUUUUACAUCAGGAGAAUCUAUCUAUCUCAAC